UUUAUGCUGACAACGGUCUGAAGACACUCUUCACUGUGUUGAGUUACCCUGCUCUAUUCCACUUCUGCAUUGGGGUCACAGUCAAUGCCUGCAAAGUGCAGACAAAACAAGAAACUGCAACUAAUAAUAUUAAUAACAAAUACAUCCUGUCCACUCCAAUCAACAGAGACUCAAAAAGUAGCUUCACCCUCUCUGAGCACCAUUGAACCAUUCCAAGGAACAAAGCAAUGGCAAGAGAGUUUAGCUUCAUCUUUGCUGCAUCACUUCUGCUUAUGAUUCUGGAUUGUUGCAAUGGUAGUUUUGUUGGAAUUUGCUAUGGAAGGAAUGCUGAUAACCUUCCUACACCUGAUAAGGCGGUCCAACUGAUUCAACUUCAGAAAAUAAAAUAUGUUAGGAUCUAUGAUUCUAACAUACAGGUUCUGAAGGCUUUUGCAAACACUGGAGUUGAGCUCAUGAUUGGGAUUCCAAAUCUAGAUUUGCUUCCGUUUGCCCAGUUCCAAUCAAAUGCAGACACUUGGCUGAGAAACAGCGUCCUCCCUUACUACCCAGCCACUAAGAUCACAUACAUAACUGUUGGUGCAGAAGUCACAGAAAGCACCAGCAACAUUUCAGCAUUGGUAGUGCCUGCUAUGAACAAUGUCCUUGCAGCCCUCAAGAAAGCUGGACUUCAUAAAAAGAUUAAAAUUUCCACCACCCAUUCCCUUGGGGUUCUGUCUCGAUCGUUCCCGCCUUCUGCCGGUGCUUUCAGUGGCAAACAUGCUCACUUCCUGAAGCCAUUGCUAGAAUUUCUUGCUGAGAACCAGUCACCUUUUAUGGUUGAUAUAUAUCCUUACUAUGCUUACCGAGACUCUUCGAACAAAGUGUCCUUGGACUAUGCCCUUUUUGAAUCUUCCUCUGAAGUUGUUGAUCCAAACACUGGUUUGCUGUAUAUGAACAUGUUUGAUGCCCAGAUUGAUGCUAUUUAUUUUGCACUGGUGAGUCUGAAUUUCAGGACAAUUAAGGUCAUGGUCACUGAAACUGGUUGGCCUUCAAAAGGAUCGCCGAAGGAGACAGCUGCUACUCCUGAUAAUGCACAAACAUACAACACUAAUCUGAUACGGCAUACUAUUAACGACACCGGCACGCCUGCGAGGCCCGGAGAAGAGUUGGAUGUCUACAUUUUCUCAUUGUUCAACGAAAAUAGGAAGCCUGGUUUGGAAUCUGAGAGGAACUGGGGAUUAUUCAAUCCAGAUCAGACAAGUGUGUAUAGCCUAGAUUUCAGCGGAAAAGCUGAUGUUGAUGUGAAUGUGACUACAGAUGGAAAUGUAACCGGAUCAAAUGGAACAACAUGGUGCAUCGCUUCGAGUAACGCCUCACAGAUUGACUUGCAGAAUGCCGUAGAUUGGGCUUGUGGUGCUGGCAAUGUGGACUGUACUGCUAUCCAGCCUAGCCAGCCUUGUUUUGAGCCAGAUAACCUUGUCUCACAUGCAUCAUACGCUUUUAAUACCUAUUAUCAGCAAAAUGGGGCUUCAGAUGUGGCUUGUGGUUUUGGAGGGACUGGUGAAAUAGUCGAUAAGGAUCCGACCUAUGACAACUGCAUCUACAUGAGAACUGGAAAUAACAAAACCAUGGCUAGUAAUACAACAGCGAUAUCUUCACUUCCACCCUCCUCGCUUCCAUCCUCCUCAUCCCAGGAAAAAGUUCACACAUCGAUCUCUCAUGUUCUUGUUUUAACCUUUCUCCUAUUGUUGAUUCUGGAACGAGCCAGACAUGCUUGAUUGAUGACUAAAAGAAAAAAGGCUAGCUUUUUAUUGUAGAAAACGUAGUAUGAUUGAUGAUUUUACCAUGUAUCAUGUGUGUAUGCUGCUUUUGGCUUGAUGGGGGGAGUAGUGAUUUGAGAAUUGAGAUGCUUUGUGACUAUGCAUCAGCAAAAUGCAAAAUUGUAUGAAAAAAUUUAACUGCUGUAGAGAUUGAUUGGAACAAUAUUGCCCCCAGUUUUGUAAUCGAGUGACAGGCCAAAACAGCUAGUCUAGAUAACCGACUUUUCUGUGAUUUA